AUGGGGGUGUUCGAUGCCAGAUCUUCUACACCGUACGAUCUUGUAGCCCUUGCUGCAUCAAGUACUGCCUCUACCUCUACGACAAGUACUGCCUCUGCCUCUACGAAAAGUUCCACCUCAUCCGGCACGACGUUAACAACAACAUCAUCGCUGUCAAUAGUUUCGACACCUGCAUCCGCACCUGCAUCUGCAUCAUCUAUUGCCACAUUCCCAACCACAGAAGCCAACAGCGACACAAACGCGUCGUCACUCCCACCAUCACUACCCGGCGGGGCCAUCGCUGGCAUAGUCGUAGGCAUCGUCGCAGUCAUUACCAGCGCAGCGGUGCUAGUGUACUUUUGCCUUCGACGUCGACAGGAUACUAUCUUUAUUCAACAAUCACAACUCGAGCCUCCGCCGCCUCAGUAUGAGCAGGAACCCUCACACACCGUGGUACCUACCCCCGAUCCGACCAAAUUCGAAGUGAGCAUUAUAGGAGAGCUUUUGGGCGAGCAGCCCAAUUAUAGACAUGAGCUAGAUGCAGGGAAUUUGUAA